CAGCUCAGGAGGGGCCCCUGAAGGCAGCAAUAGUGCAGCUCAGUGUUGUGUGCGGUCUGUUAGUUGUGUUUGCUGUUGGCUCCCCUCUGUCCUCCAUUAAAGCUCGGCUCCAUCCCUGCUGUACGGCGCAGGCCCGAAGUAGCGCAGCCGCUCUGAGUAACUGUAGCUGUGUAGACCAGGUGGCUGACAAUGGAGGAGCACGGCGUUCACCAGACAGAACACAUGACCACCAUCGAGGCCAGCGCCGUCAGCCAACAGGUACAUGUGGCCACCUUUACUGAAGCGUCCAUGAUGAGCGCCGAGGAAGACUCGACGUCCUCGCCAGACGAUGAUCCUUAUGAUGACACAGACAUCCUCAACUCAGCUGGCACUGAUGAGGUCACCGCUCACUUGGCUGCUGCAGGGCCAGUAGGCAUGGCAGCUGCAGCUGCCGUGGCAACUGGUAAGAAAAGAAAAAGGCCUCAUAUCUUUGAAUCCAACCCUUCCAUCCGCAAGAGGCAGCAGACCCGCCUGCUCAGGAAACUGCGAGCCACACUGGAUGAAUACACCACCAGAGUGGGCCAACAGGCCAUAGUGCUGUGCAUCUCCCCCUCCAAACCCAACCCCGUGUUCAAGGUUUUCGGUGCUGCGCCUCUGGAGAAUGUGGUAAGGAAGUAUAAGAGUAUGAUGCUGGAGGACCUGGAGAACGCCCUGGCUGAGCACGCCCCUGCCGGUGGAGAGCUGGCCUCAGAACUGCCCCCUCUCACCAUCGAUGGCAUCCCUGUCUCUGUGGAUAAGAUGACCCAGGCCCAGCUGCGAGCGUUUAUCCCAGAGAUGCUGAAGUACUCAACAGGCAGAGGGAAGCCUGGCUGGGGUAAAGAGAGCUGCAAGCCAGUGUGGUGGCCGGAGGACAUCCCUUGGGCCAACGUCCGCAGUGAUGUCCGCACAGAGGAGCAGAAACAGAGAGUGUCGUGGACGCAGGCGUUGCGAACUAUAGUGAAGAACUGCUAUAAGCAGCACGGCCGUGAGGAUCUAUUAUAUGCUUUUGAAGACCAGCAGGUAACCACGGCAACCACCACCCAGCACCACCUGACCACUGCACAGAGCAUCGCUCACCUUGUGCCAUCACAAACUGUGGUACAGACCAUCAACAACCCUGAUGGAACCGUCUCGCUUAUCCAGGUUGGCACAGGACACACAGUUGCCACUCUGGCAGACGCUUCAGAGCUGCCUGGUGUAACGGUGGCUCAGGUCAACUACUCAACUGUGACUGAUGGAGAGGUGGAACAAAACUGGGCCACCCUCCAGGGCGGGGAGAUGACAAUCCAAACCACCCAAGCAUCAGAGGCCACGCAGGCUGUGGCAUCGCUGGCUGAAGCUGCUGUUGCUGCCAGUCAAGAGAUCCAGCCCGGAGCAACAGUCACGAUGGCUCUCAACAGUGAGGCAGCGGCACAUGCUGUAGCGACAUUGGCAGAAGCCACUCUACAAGGAGGAGGGCAGAUUGUCCUGGCAGAGACAGCAGCUGCUGUCGGGGCACUGGCAGGGGUUCAAGAUGCCACAGGUCCCUCUUAUAUUUCCUCAGGUCUGGUCCAGAUCCCCGUCAGCAUGUACCAGACCGUCGUGACCAGCCUCGCCCAGGGCAACCGGCCCGUCCAGGUUGCCAUGGCGCCUGUCGCCACACGCAUAGAUAACACUGUCACACUGGACGGCCAGGCGGUGGAGGUUGUGACCCUGGAGCAGUGACACUUGGGACCUUGGAAGGAAUAGAAAAGCACUGAAAGGCCACCUUGGAGAUUUGUUGAUCUCUCCCGUUUUCCAAGACAUCACUGUCACUGUGUACAGUGUCAAAUAUAUUUUUAAAUGUACAUCUGCAGGGGAAGGAAAAGUGAGUUAUUAAUGCAUUGUGUUUACUAUGUAAAGAUAUUGCUUUUUUUGGUGUAAUUUUUGUUUCCCAUUUAGCUUCAUGUUUUUUAAGCACUGUGUUGUGGAGUAUUAAGUAUUUAUUUCUUUACAAUUAACCUUUACUUAAAACAAAAGCCGAACCAAAAAGCCCAGGAGGAAAGCCACCACUGCUUCACUCAGAGUGUGUUACCUAUCAUUGUUCUGGAUUUUUCGGUAUCUUCUGUGUUCUUGACUCUUCUGUUUUUAGGAUACAUUAAACAAAUUCAGUGCCAUAGUCAGAAAUCACUCCUCUCUGUUUCCCCAUUUCCUCUAUCACUGUUCUAAAAUUCCACUCUGUCUACCUGAAUCUCCUUCUCUCUCCAGAACAGCUUCUGAGCUGUAGACACUCCCCAGCAUUUUUCUCACGUUAGAUCAUAAAAAUAUCACGUCUUGUCGUGUUCUUUUUCCUGUUCUGUUCCACUGUAGUCCACGCACAUGCCAAAAUUUGCGAAGACUCAGGAUAUACAGUACAUCAAGGUGUUUUUUACUGCUGGAUUUGCUGAGCUUGACUUCUUGAAGGAGUCUUUUUGUUUACCAAAUCUUGUUUCUUUUCCAGUGCAUGGAUAGGAGGGGCACCCCUUGGUCUGUUUUUAACAUGAAUUCCUUUGUAUGUCGCUAAAGACUCGGUGGUCUGCAUCACGCUGUAAAAUCACGGGACGUUGGUCAUACUGCAGUAUUUGUGAUGCCAAAAAAAAAACCUUUGCGACGAAAAAAAAAACGCUUGACAAGAAUCAACUUAGUUUGAUGCAACUAUAACAGUCAGAUUAACUCUCACCAGACUUGUGUAUUUGAAAAAAUAUUGUCCAAUAAAAUGGCUGCUGUUCACCAUUGAAA